AAUCCAACAACAGGUGGCGCUGUGAGCUCUUAUAAAGUGCGUCACUUCCGGCGUCAUAAUGACAGGAGGAGAUUAGCUACAGCAUCGGCGCUGAACAAAAUACCGUCUCAGGUUGAUGGGGCCAGACAGUGCCCCAGGUCCAGCUGUGCCCUGGCGGAAGGUGCUGUGGGAGUGCCAGCCGUUCCCUGAUAACUAUGUGGACCAGCGGUUCCUGGAGGAAUUACGGAGGAAUGAGGGCAUCCGUCAGUACCGCUACUGGGCUGUGGUAAAAGAAGCAGGCUUUGUCGGGGAGCGGCUGUCCUGUGUGGCCAUUUUUAUCACCAUCUGGCUUUACAUUGAGCAGGGUCUGCUGUCCCCCGAGACACUGUUGUGGACCAGCCUUGUCUGCGCCCUGCUGGGUUAUGGACUGCACCAAGCCUUGACGUCUCAAGUCGAAUCAGGCUGUGAGCCCCGGACCCGUCUGGCUGACUUACAGAGUGCCACUAUUUUUCUUUCCUUUACCUUUGGCUUCUCGCCAGUUCUAAAGACACUUACAGAGUCUGUGAGUACCGACACAGUGUAUGCCAUGUCUGCUUUUAUGCUGCUGGCCCACCUGGUGUCAUUCCCUUACGCCCACCCCUCACCUCCUGGCAGCUUCUCCCUAAAUGCAGCCCUGUUCGCCUCAGUGUGUUUAGCGUCAAGGCUACCUGGGGCUCUGCACACCUUCGCCAUGCUCAGCUGUGCCCUGCUGGUGUUUGCCCUGUGGCCCUGCCUGCUGCAGAGGCUGAGGGAGAACGCCCCUAGCCAGUUUACUGGUGUGUGUGUGGGAGUGUGUAUCGGAGGGGUGGGUGGUCUGGGCUCCCAGUGGCCAGGGGGAGCCGUGCUCUUAGCCCUGGCCUUAUGGAGUGUUACAUUACUCUGCCCCCUGCUGCUAGUCCGACUGCAGGGGCAAAAGGACAACAUCCAUGGACCCUGGGAUGAGGCUGAGAUCCAUGAGGACCUGAGUCACUUCUAGACAGAGCCAAAAGGAGCACAUGGUGCUAACCGGACAUUUUGUGGAAGCCAAUUCAGAAUGUUAAAUUAGUUAUUUUAAUGUCAUUCUGCAGUAUUACGAUGAUGGUACUGUACAUCUAAACGUUAACUCUUUCAUCGUCGGUCCACAUCUGUUUGGACACCCAUGACAACUUGUUAUACUCUUACAGAGAAUAUGAAGAUGUCUUUAAUGAUCAAGCUGCUAUUGUCUUACAAGUGUUGACCUCCAAAUUUGUAUAGAAGGUAUCAACUAACAUGCAAUGCUGACUUACAAUACUGGAGACAUUCUGACGCUAUGCACAAAUUUGAUAUCAGUAAUGUUUUUAGAAUCUGUGGGAGAUGUUUUUACGGUUGUGUACAGAAUGUUGUUGGUGUAUGACUCAUUUUAUUUCUAUGGUAUAAAUGGACAGAUGCAUAGUGUUUAACUCAGUGGAUUGUAAACGGUUAUACACAGAAGUAAAAAUUAAUAUUUUAAAGGCUUUUACAAUAAAAAAUAAAAGUUUCCGCAUUGUAAAUUACUUAAAAAAAAACUAAGAGACUACCAGGUCUUUUUUUUAUUUUAUUUUUUUUACCUGGACUACAGUGGAAGUGUAAUGCAAAUAAUUAAAUAAUAGUUGCAAACGUAUUGAACGUGG